AUGAAGUAAUCGUAACAGCGAAUGCAACAUAAAAAAGUUGAAAGCACAGUGCAAAAGAUUUGACAAAUCUGUAAUGUGUUACAGCAUACCGAUAUCAUUAACAUUGCAAUAAACAAUUAUUUACUUUAAAAUGUCCGCUGAUUUACAUGUGGAAAUUUUACAAAAAAAAUAACAGUGCAGCUGCCAAAAAUGACAUUUUACAAAUUGCAAAAGUCUUUCUUAAUGAAAAAAUAAAUGUCUAUAUUCUUGGAACAGUAAUAGGACCAGAUACAUUCCUAAAAUUUAAUGAAGAAUUCCUCUAUAACCAUGUAGAUUCUAUUACUAUUUGUAAUGAAAAUAAAUUGUCAGGGAAUACUCCUAUCACUGACAAUAAUAUCAUAUACCAUGUAUAUCGGCUUGAUGAAGCAGGCUCUCAAGCUGAAACUAUUGAGGAUUAUGAUGAUGAUACUGGAAGUGAAUUAUCAACAGCUAACCAUUGGGUGCUGCCAUCAGUGGAUUUCCAUGGUCUUUGGGAAAGCUUGAUAUAUGAAAUUGACAUAAAAGAAAAUUUGUUAAAAUUUGUAGAGAGUACUCUGUUAUUUUCUGAUAAAAAUGUGGAUUCAAAUAUAAUAACAUGGAAUCGAGUGGUACUUCUUCAUGGGCCUCCAGGCACUGGCAAAACUAGUCUCUGCAAAGCUCUCGCAUAAAAAUUAUCUAUAAGGAUGAGUGAUAGAUAUACACAUGGUCAAUUAAUAGAAAUUAACAGCCAUAGCUUAUUUUCAAAAUGGUUUUCAGAGAGUGGGAAAUUGGUUAUGAAGAUGUUUAGAAAAAUUCGUGAAAUGAUCAAUGAUCCGCAAGCAUUAGUGUGUGUAUUAAUUGAUGAAGUGGAAUCAUUAACACAUGCGAGGCAGUCAUCUCUUUCUGGAACCGAGCCAUCAGAUUCAAUUCGAGUAGUUAAUGCAGUACUUACACAAAUUGACCAAAUACGUCAAUUUCCAAACGUGUUGAUUCUAACAACAUCGAAUAUUAAUGGAGCUAUUGAUCUGGCCUUUGUUGAUCGGGCUGAUAUUAAGCAAUAUAUAAGUUUGCCAUCUCCUGUAGCAAUUUAUGAAAUUUAUAGAACAUGUAUAAAUGAAUUAAUUAGGGUUGGACUAAUAAGUAAAUCCCAGGAUUUACUAAAUCACCAUAUUAUGAAAAUUAUCAGAAAUGUGAAAGACAAUGAAAAUUCCAGCGUAUCUAAUAAAUUAAGUUUGGAUCUUUAUAAUAUUGCUGAACAAAGCGUAGGAAUGAGUGGAAGAACACUUAGGAAAAUUCCAUUUUUAGCUCAUGCUUUAUAUUUUAAUAAAAGUUCAACAACAAUGGAAGACUUUUUAGAAGCAAUGCUGAAAGCUAUAGUUAAGCAACAUUCAGAUACUGAAGUUUUCAUGAAAGGAGUUAAGGAAAUGUCAGUCGCUUCUCAAUAAUCAGUAGGUACAAGUGUUAUUCAUGUGACCCACCCGAUUGCAGUAUAAGCAGUGUUACUGAGCAUUGUAAUAAUGCUAUACAGUGCUGGAAAUCCACAGUUCGUGGUCCUGAUGGGAACGUUAU